UCAAUUAUUCAAAACAGUACUCAAAACAAUCUCUUUCAGGACCUGUACUAAGUCAACACAGCAGUAAGCCAUUACCUCUCCAUCCACACGUUCUCACCCUUCCCGUUUCUUUCAGGACCUGGAGUUCCACGGGGUGAUGCGCUUCUACUUCCAAGACUCCGGUCAGAAGGUGGCGACCAAGUGCAUCCGCGUCGGCAGCACGGCCACGGCGCGCCACGUCAUCGAGACCCUGGUGGAGAAGUUCCGGCCGGACAUGCGCAUGCUGUCCAUCCCCGAGUACGCCCUCUACGAGAUACACGAGAACGGAGAUGAGCGCCGGCUGUCAGAGGACGAGAAGCCGCUCCUGGUGCAGCUCAACUGGAAUAAGGAUGACCGUGAGGGGCGCUUUCUCCUGCGCAGGAUGGACCUCUACAGCAGCACUGGCUUCUUGCAUGAAGCUAACGUCUGUGAUACCUUACAGAGCAACCACUCCUUGGUGCACACCCUGCCGCCGCACCCCACCACACCCGUGCCGUCCAAGGAGCAGCCUUUCCAGCGCAAACUCUCCAAGCGUGAGAAAAAGGAACUCAAGAAGCAGGAGAAGCUGCGACGCGCUAACGAGGCCAAUGAGAAUGACAGCUCAGUGGCGGAGAAACUUUACACAGAGCUCCCGGAGACCAGUUUCACACGCAGCAUCAGCAACCCUGAGGCGGUGAUGAGACGCAGGCGGGCGCAGAAGCUCGAGAAGAAGCUGCAGCAGUUCAGGAGUAAAGAUGGAGGGCCAGACACUGGCGGCACUCUCAAGAUUUAUGGAGAAUCUCUUCGACCAGAUGUGCCUUACAAGACUCUGCUGCUGUCAGUGCGAGACACGGCCCUCAACGUUGUCUCAGAAAUGCUGGACAAGUAUGGUCUGUACAAGGAGGACCCAACCAACUACUGUCUCCUGCAGACUGUGAUAGGCAAUGAUGACGGCUAUGGGCGGGCCAUGUCCCCCCAGAAGGAGUACAUCCUGGACGAUGACGAGUGUCCCCUGGCCAUCCUCAUGAACCACCCGCCAUCCAGAGGUGAGUUGAGGGCUGGUGUGGAGAAAUUGUUUUCUUGCCUUAGUUGUAUUGGUGUUUGUUUCUUGGAACUCCCUCGGUGGGUUGAACGAAGUAAGCAGACUGUGUGUAUGGCGUGUGUGUGUUUGCCUUGUUGUAUUUACCUACCUAGUUGCUGUAGCAACUAUCCGAAUGCUAUCCGAACAGCUGAUGGCUGCCUUGUAUUGGACAUGGAUGGGCAGAGGGCUCAUUGGGCUGAGUACUUUGAGCAGCUGUAUAUGGCAGACCCUCCAUGUGGGCAGCUUCCAGUUGCUGGGUUGCAGGUGGUGGAUGCUGAUCCACCCAUUGACAAAAGCCCACCCUCUCUGGACGAGGUCAGAGAGGCUGUAGCAAAGUUGAGGGGUGGAAAAGCCCCUGGUACCUGUAACAUCAGUGCAGAGCUGCUCAAAGCUGGAGGUGAGGCCACGCUCCGCGAGUUGCAUGUGGUCUUGAAUGCCAUAUGGCAGUCCGGUACCAUUUCUCCUGACUGGAUGGCGGGGUUGGUCAUCCCAAUCUGGAAAGGGAUAGGGGACUGACAGGACUGCAACAAC